AUGAAUGUUUGCGAACCGUAUACAUCACCAAUUCUAUACUUGUAGGUUCAAAGUUUUAACAAUUCAUUGGAAAAUACCUCUAAAUUAUUAAUUAAAAAACUUGAUACCUACUAUUUAGAUCUCAAAAAUCAACUUAAAAACUUUGUAAAUUCAAAAAUUCCUAUCAAUCAUCUUUUAGAUUCUAUUAGUAUCUAUACAGAUUUCUAAUCAUAUAAAUAUAAUAUAUCGUACUCAAUUACUUUAUUUAGAUAAAUUAAUGAAUAAUUCGCUUUGCAGUAGAUUUAGUUCAAUCUAUUUCAUUUUAAUUUUCAACUCAAUUCAAGGGUGUCAAUAUUACAAUCUCAGGAUAAAACUUAAUUGCUGAAUAGAAGACUUCUGAAUAUAAUGGAUAGAGAUUUACUAUUUUUGAACCAUCUAUUCUUAAUAAUGGAGUCUACAAAUUUGCUUUAAAAGUAAUCAAAUAUGUUGGUUGGAUUGGAAUUGGUGUUUGUCAUAGAGAAGUCAUUGUUAAUUUCAAUUAUAAAUUCAAUUAUACUAAUAUUGGAUAUGGGUAUUUUUAUUUAAUUCUUAUAUUUGAUCCUAUCUCAAAUCCAAUAACGCAUAUUUUUGGUCGCUUUUGUAGAAGGAUUUGAAUUCUGCCCAUAAAUCAUUCCAUUUUGGAGUUGGAGAUAUCAUCAUAAUCGAAGUUGAUAAACCAAAAAAGAAAAUCGCUUGGUUAAAGAAGAAAACUCAUUUUAAAUUUGUAAUUUAUUAUACUAAUAUUUUAGAUCAUGAAUAAAGAUACUAAUUAAGAUUUUUACCCAUGUGCUAAUUUAUGUAGUCCAGGUGAUACUGUAGAAAUUAUAAACAAGAUUGAACCUUGA